AUGCUAUUCAAACAGCAGGCGUUGCUGAGACAGAAGCUCUUUGUGCUAGGCAGCCUUGCUGUUGGAAGUCUCCUUUAUCUAGUUGCCAGAGUUGGGAGUUUGGAUAGGCUACCACCCAUUUGCCCAAUUGAAGGUCGAUUCAGUCCACAAAAUCAGGAUGUGGCCACUCUCCGUGCUAUGCAGUAUAAGAGAGGACUCUUACAUGAAUUUCGUAAAGGCAAUGCAACUAAAGAACAAAUCCUCCUUCACAAUUUGGUCCAGCAGCUACCAAAGGCAAUUAUCAUCGGAGUGAGAAAAGGAGGAACUAGAGCCUUACUUGAAAUGCUUAAUCUCCAUCCUGCAGUUGUCAAGGCCUCUCAAGAAAUACAUUUUUUUGAUAAUGAUGAGAACUACGCAAAGGGUAUUGAAUGGUACAGAAAAAAGAUGCCCUUCUCUCACCCACACCAAAUUACUAUUGAAAAAAGCCCUGCAUACUUCAUCACAGAUGAGGUUCCAGAAAGGAUUUAUAAGAUGAACUCUUCUAUUAAGUUACUAAUCAUUGUUAGGGAACCAACGACAAGAGCCAUUUCUGACUACACACAGGUGUUGGAGGGAAAAGAGAGGAAGAACAAGACUUAUUAUAAGUUUGAAAAAAUGGCCAUGGAUUCCAACACCUGUGAGGUGAACACUAAAUACAAAGCAGUGAGGACCAGUAUCUACACAAAGCAUUUAGAAAGGUGGCUGAAGUAUUUUCCCAUUGAACAGUUUCACAUUGUUGACGGGGAUCGACUGAUUACAGAACCGCUGCCAGAACUACAGCUGGUGGAAAAAUUUCUGAACCUGCCACCUAGGAUAAGUCAAUACAACCUGUAUUUUAAUGCUACCAGGGGGUUCUACUGCUUGCGUUUUAACAUUGUCUUUAAUAAGUGCCUGGCAGGUAGCAAGGGACGCAUACAUCCUGAGGUUGACCCCUCAGUUAUUACCAAAUUGCACAAAUUCUUUCAUCCUUUCAAUCAGAAGUUUUUCCAAAUCACUGGCAGGACAUUUAACUGGCCCUAA